AUGAAUGUAAUAAAUGAGAAAGUCUAUAAAGGAUAUAAAAUAAACUUUGAAGUAGAAUUAAAUAACGUAUAUGAAUAUAUAUACGCUUAUAUUGAGAAUGAGAGAAUUUCUUAUAAAAGAAAUAUAAUUGUUAGUUCUUUAAAAUAGGAAAGUUACAUUAUUUUGAAUGAAUUAGGGGUCUUAUUUGAAGAAACAGAAAUGUGGAAAAUUUAUUUGAAAUUUAAUGAAAAUCUAAUGUGGUAUCCUUAUAUUAAGGUUGGUGAAGUUUUAGAAGAGAGUAAAUAUGUUUAGUUUGUUUAGGAUGUUGAUGUUUAUAAGAACGAAUGGAAAAAUGUUGUUUUAAAUGAUUUUUAAUAUGGAUCAUUUGAAUUUUCGAUUUAUUAAAAUUAAUGUUUGGAUGAAUCUGUUUAUUUCCUUAUUAUUGAAUGUGACGGGCUUGAAAAAGAAAUCAAUAAUCUAGAACAUAAGAUAUUCAUUUGUGGGAAAAGUAAUAGUGAAUUAGUUUAAGCAAUCUCUUUUUAAGAAAAUGGAAUAAAAAAUAUUUCAAAAGAACAUACUAUAUGGGUAAUUGGAUAUAUUAAAUAAGGAACAUUUCAUAAAUUAGAUAAAUUUGUAUCAAGAAGAGAAGUGGAAAAUAAUCUUACUUUAUGA